AAAAGUGAAGCCGCCGAGUCCACCUCCUGCUGGCAGCGUCCAGUCAAUCGUCAGAGUCCGUCCUGUGCACGCACAAUCCCUCGCUCUCGUCGGGCCUCAGACAUGGCACUGCUGACUCUGGCGGCGCUACUUUGCGCAUUUGGCGGCGGAGCUGCGGGCGGCAAGAUCCUGGUCUUCCCCAUCGACGGCAGUCACUGGAUCAACAUGAAGGUUCUGAUCGAGGAGCUUCACGUCCAGGGCCACGACAUCACCGUGCUGCGAACCUACGACAGCUGGUACAUCAAACCCGAGUCGCACCUCUACAAGACCAUCACUCUGAAUUUCCCUGGUGGCUUCGAUGAGGUCAGCUUUGGCUCUUUUGUCACCCGGAUGCUCCACUUGAGGCGGGCCGGCGCUUCCCUGUGGAAGAAGCUGGCGCUAGAAUACGAGCUGGUCAACCAGUUCUACAACCUAAACCAGCAAACAGUGGACAUGAUGGCCAAGAUAUUUGAGGACCGGGAGAUGAUGCGGAACCUACAGGAAGCCAACUACGAGGUGGUUCUUGCUGACCCUGCGAUAGGUGGCGGUGUCCUCCUGGCUCACCGUCUGGGUCUCCCCCUGGUGUUGAACGUCCGCUGGACCGUCCAGGGUGAGGCGCAUCUGGCCAUCGCGCCCUCGCCCUUAUCUUACGUCCCCAUACCGGGAGCCAAGUUGACAGAUAAGAUGACGUUUGUCCAGCGUCUGCAGAACGUCAUGUACUACUUCUUCACGCGGUGGCAGAUUUGGUACGUGUCGGACGCCACCUACAAACCCUUUGUCCGCCGAUACUUUGGCCCGGAUAUGCACUACAUGGAGCUCUUCCAGUCGGCGGACAUCUGGCUGAUGAGGAACGACUUCACCUUUGAGUUCCCGCGGCCCACCAUGCCCAACGUGGUCUACAUGUCUGGCUUCCAGUGCAAGCCGGCCCGGCCGCUCCCUGCCGAGCUGGAGGACUUUGUGCAGAGUUCCGGGGAGCACGGGGUAAUAGUGAUGACUCUCGGGACCCUCGUGGCAGACCUCCCAGAAGACAUCACUGACGGAAUUGCCGCCGCCUUCGCCCAGCUCCCCCAGAAGGUGAUCUGGAGGCACCAGGGUAAGCGUCCAUCGACCCUGGGAAACAACACGCUGCUCCUGAACUGGCUCCCCCAGAAUGAUCUCCUAGGCCACGCUAAAACCCGAGUUUUUGUCGCGCAUGGCGGCACCAACGGCAUCCAGGAGGCUAUCUACCACGGCGUCCCCCUAGUGGGCCUCCCGCUCAUGUUUGACCAGCACGACAACUUAUUCCGGAUGGAGACCAGGGGAGUCGCCAAGGUGCUGGACAUCGCCACGGUCAACCGGGAGAACUUCCUGGAGGCGCUCCAAGCGGUUCUGCAUCAGCCGUCCUACGACGACAAGAUGCGGCGCCUGUCAGCUCUGCACCACGACCAGCCCAUCCCCGCUCUGAGCCGCGCCGUCUUCUGGAUCGAGUUCGUCAUGAGGCACAAAGGGGCGCCGCACCUGAGGACCGAUUCCUACAAGAUGUCCACCAUAGAGUACCACUGCCUGGACGUAGCGGCCUUCCUGAUAGCCGUGGCCUUAACCGUGGCCACCAUCAGCGGGAUGCUGCUCAAAUUCCUGUACCGAUGUUUGUUUUACCGAAGCAAGUUGAAAAAAGAAUGACGUUCUCACUCUGUUUUUAUCUCUGAACUCACUGUGUUCAUUUAUACAUUUUCAUUUGUCUUCUGGGUCAUUUUUACUCCUGCUUUCCUCCAAAAAAGGUCAUGUCAUUAAAACAAAACUCUCUGAUAGUCAAAUGUAAGUUGUGAAAAAAAAAAUCCAUUAAAACGUUUUUUUAAAUC